AGGUGAGAUAAUAACCCCGUAAAGCCACAUCCCCAAAUUUUCGUGAUUUUACCUUGUUCCCAUACCUCAACGCUUCCUUAAAUCACUUAUCACAUUUUCGUUUCCCAGAUCUACAAAUUUGUGUGUCUAUAUUCAGGCCAUAGUACGCUCCCUUCUCCUUCAUUAUGGAUUGUCGGGUCCGCAAAAUCGACCUAACGACCCAACAACUUGGAAAACAAGGUCAACACCAUUAACAACCAAACAUCCUUUACGCGCAACCCACGCAUUGACGAUGAACGAGUGUCUAUACGUGACCUGAAUAUGGACGACGGGCCGGCGUGUGGCUAUGCAGCCCCUAGCACGCCGAUGCCAACUUAUCCAGGCGACAACGAUUCGAGCAGACGAUCAGCACACGGUAGUAACCAGUGGCUUUGGAGCGCGGGGGCGCGAGGCUUGCAUAUAUCUGCAUACCUACCUACAUAUAUCCACCUACGCACGCAGCUCAACCCAACCCUCGUUACUCUGCGCCGUAGCCCCGCACGAUGGCAACCGACACGGCGCGCCUCCCGCUCUAGAUCCGGGAGACGGGCGGCGUUCCGCUAACUGCACACACCUCGGUGGCCGAGCGCGCGUUACUGGUGGCGGGGAGCGGGCGCACCCUAGCGCUGUGCGGCGCGGUCGGAGCAGCGGCGGAACCACGGGGCGACGGUGCUCGGCACGCCGGCCGCCGCAAGCCCGGCCUCUUCUACCCCACCUAGGACGUCGACCCCCUACGCGACCGCGCCGGCCUCCGGUGUGCCGCUGCCCGCGUUUACGUCGCCGCCGACCCGCUGUGCCCGGGGUACGGGGAGGCGCUGCUCGGGCCGGACGUGGUCUAGUUCGGGGGGCCGCCGGACGAAGCGAUGCUGUUGCGGGCCCGGCCGACGUGAUGCUGCUGGCCAGGACGACGGCAGCCGUGCAGCCCGCUGUCAACUUCGUGCGCUAGGCCCAGCGCGCCGGCGCCGUCCUCGUCGUCGCCAACCCCGACCCGGGGGGCUCGCCGCGGCCUGUGCAAGAGGAACUUCUU